AUGACAAUUGCACAUACUGCAGUUGAACUAGCACAAAUCAGAAAACUUUUAUAUGCAGUACGCACGUCAAAUUAUGAUCAAGUCUAUCGAAUUUGUCAGAAAGGCGUUCACGGCAUUGUUAACUUUAACCAUCCAACUGAUGGUGAAACGUUGUUGUUAGUCGCUGUGCAGAAAAACGAUGAAAGUAUGAUACAAUUUCUUCUGCAUCUCGGUGCGCACCCAGACAGAACUGAUUUCAAGCGUAGAACACCGUUAAUGCAUGCAGUCGAACGUGGUCAUAUCGAAGCUGUUGGAACAUUAUUGAAUGCAAAUGCCAAGACGAAUAUUCGAGAUCUUGAAGGGCAAGAUGUUCUGUUUUACUGUCUGUCUGAUGGUACAUAUCGACAACAGGAGUGUUUUUCGAUGAUUAUGUCCAAGUGUACACCAGGUGUGAAUGGCAUAACUGAAAUAGGAAAACCUUUGUUAGUUGCUGCAUGUGAAAAAGGAGCCACUGCAGAGAAAAUCUGUCUGACGUUGAUCGAACGCGGUGCUGAUAUCAAUGCUAUUGACAAAACCACGGGUCAAACUGCUUUGCAUGCUGCAUGUGCAUCUGGUUUGAUCAAAGUCGUGCGUGAACUCUUACAGAGAAAAGCAAAUGUUAAUGCUCGUGAUAUUCAACAGCAAACGCCUGCUCAUGUAGCUGUAACAUCAAAAACAUUUGAUUUGCUACCCAUUCUCUCAGCGUACAAUGCACGUUUCGAUCUUGCAGAUCAAUCAUUGAAUACGCCAGUUCAUCUUGCUGCUAUGCUAAACCAAGGCAAAGCAAUUAAAUUUAUGGUUCAACGAGGUGGGACAACUCGAACGAAGAAUAUCAACAAUCAAUUACCAAUGAAACUCGCGAAGUUACAUAAGAGUAAAGACGCAAAGAAAAACAUUCGUCUAGUAGAAAAGAAACAUUAUAAUCGAAGAAUAUUUUCUACCAAGUCAAAUGCUGAUCGCGAUUAUAAGCUUCAGUUUUAUGACUGGUUACAAGAACGAUCCGAUCGUCUUCUCCGUCGAUUCCAACAAAUUGAAAACUCGACGACACAUCGUAUUACAUCUACUGAUUUCAAACAGAUCAUUGCCGAAGAAGGCUUCACGCAAAUCACUUCAGAUGAUCUCAACGAUUUGAUUGUCCUUCAUGAAACCAAUCCAAAUGAGAUUGAUUACCAAACAUUCAUAUCUGGAAAGCUAUUUAUCGAAAAGUCAUUUCUGAUGCGAGUAUUUGCCGAUAGAAAUAAGAAAAAGAAGAAGAAGAAGAAGAAGAAAACGAAGAAACAAGUACCUAUUCCAAUUGCAAUACGUGACGAGGGACCGCGAACAGCAAAAGGCAAACCACCAUUGGUUUAUGUAAAAAAACAUCAGUUUAUUACCGAUCAGAACCGGUUUAGUCGGGAUCAAAUACCUACACAUAUGAUCAACGAUGAUUCAGUUCAUUACAUCGACAAAAUUGAUCCUCAAUUUGUGCAUAUCAGUAAUGCAGUCUAUCGAGGUGAUUUACAUACGCUUAUUGACGCAUUCAAAUCAGGAGUAUCAGUUAACAUUCGAGAUAAAUUCUACAAAACACCUUUGAUGAUCGCUGCAGCCAAUGGUGAUUUAGAAACAACAAAAUUUCUUCUCGAAAAUGGCGCUAAUGUUCACCUCGAAGAUCAAUUCAAAUGGACAGCACUUCAUCAUGCCGCUCAUUCAGCUCAACUAGGUGUUGUACGAGCACUGGUAGAUGCUGGUGCGAUGAUUAAUCAUGAGUCUAUCACGUUAGCAACACCAUUGAGUCGUGCGAUAGAAAGUUCAGCAUUCAAUGUCGUUGAUUAUCUUCUCCAAAAACGAGCGAAUGUUCGACAUGAAAAUCUGACACAGCGAAAUUUACUUGAUUUGGCCACAGAUUUUGCUUCACCGCAGGUGUUUGAUCUCGUACGAACAGCGUACGAGAGGAAAGGGAAGCAACAAUCGAAAUCUCGUCGAAGACCAAAUAAAAAUACAAAGAAAGUCAAGGAAGCAGAACCGCUAUCGACUACAAUCAAACCAGUUAAACUCGAAGCACCCUUACCUGUGCAAGGCUGCUUACUUUCUGACGAAAAGCGUCUCUUGUCUUCAAACAAUCUAUUUCCAUCCAUUACUUAUCACCCAUUGACGAACUGGACUGAUCAGCCCACGACGAGUGAAUUAUUGGAUAAGAAAUUCAACUUACGACAACAGUUUACCUCGAACAUCGAUUUUCCGAAUUAUAAACAAGCGUUAUUAGCGAACGCAGAAGCAAAGUUAGAACGUUUAAAUAAACUAAAAACUUAA